AUGUUGUGCAUCCCCAAGGCGAAUCACAAAAAGCUCGUCGACGAUUGCUAUCCGCCACCCAAAGCGAUAGCGGGCUCUGCACCUGAAUACCGGCCGAAUUCCAAUGAGAUGGGCCGUCUGAGCUACUAUGCUCAGAGCAAGCCGGCGAAGCUGCUCAAAAUUGGCAAGGUGAUCGACGCUCGCGCUGUGAGUGAGGCGCGUGCUUUCCAGGGUGCGCCGAAUGAUAGGAACAAAGCGCAGCUGAUGAUCACACUGGCUGUGCUCAAGGAGCUGGUGUCACAGUCACACGGCCUAGUGUACUUAGCCCCGACGGUGCAGUCUGUUCUCUCGCAUGCCCUUCAAGCUGCCACAGUUCGAGGCUCGGGUCUGCGGGACGGCGAUGUGAGCGCUCGUGCUGCGAAUACGUUUGCUACCUACGUCAAAGCGCUGCCUGGUGGCGCGAUGGAGACGGACGAAGGUGUUUCGCGCUCUGUGUAUCAAGUACUCACCGAAUUGGCGCGUCUCGCUGAUCCGAUCCAAGGCCGUGGUGGGAUGAAUGAGCGUGGUUUGCUACAAUGCUUGGCAGGUAUGGAUGGUAUGGUGAAGUCGCCAAUCAUUCAUACGUCGGCGUUCCCUCGGCUUUUGUCCCACAUCUUGCCGGUGCUUUUCGAGACGAUCAGCCUUCACCAUGUGCCACUCACACAGACAGCCGACAUUGCGAGCAGUACCAUGGACAACAGUGUAGAGCUGUCUUCCUCUGAUGCGCAAUCACCGGGGCCUACACAGACCGUGCAAGCUGCGCUGUUGGUUCUGCGCCAAAUCCUCGCCUCCAGUGACGCGAUGCAGAUGCGUGCUGUGAUGCAACAGACACUUGCGUGGCUUGAUACGCGUGAUGAACGUUGGAAGGAUGAGGAAUGGUCCGUGUGGAUCCUUGGAGUGCUUGCGCAAUGGGCACGUCCCGCCUCACGUUACGUAGUGCCUCACUCUCUGGUGGAUACACUGACGGACCAGUCUACGCAGCGUCAAGUGGCACUACGGGAGACGCGAAUCCUCCAGGCACUGCAUAUGAUUCUGGUGAGCAAGACGGAGAUUGUCGGCUUGAACAUGUCGGAAAUGUUGGACGGACAUGUUCAUUUCAUGCUCUCGCACGUCGAACAGGAUCCAUACGAUCCCACUGUGAGCGCUGCCAUUGAUGCUAUUGGGCACAUGGCGACACACGCACGGUAUGGUGACCAGCUUGACGACUUUGUGCAGCAGAUCAUGCCGCACAUUGUGAGCGUUCGAGACGGAUCGCUGCCGUUGGAUGUCAAGCAGAACAGCAUUUGUGCGCUAUUGCACAGUCUUAUGGCCAUUUUCCGCUCGAACAAUGGAUCGUUCCAUGUGCCAGUGAGUGCCUGGGCCUCUACCGAGUCGCUUCUUCUGUCGACAAGCUCGGUCGUGCGUGCCACAUACCUGCAGGCAUUGUGCGUGUACUUGCAUCAAGAGCAGGAUCGCAUUGCCAAUGGCCAGGCGGCGCAUGAAGGCAACAGUGACUCACUUGGGUUCUUGCAUUCCUUUGCGGCUCACGUGGUGGCACUUGUGUCGUCGGGUAUGCCCACCUCGUCAGCGACUGUGUCUAUGCCAAACAUGCCACUACUUCGUUGCACUCCCUCGGACUUUGCCCUACUUCAUCAGGCCCUGGAUGCUCUUCUGAUCGUUGUGCCAGCCGCUGCUAUGCUGGCAUUUACACCUGCUCUCUUUGUCCUGGAUCAAACGUCCGGCACGCCUUUGACAGGGCAAAUGGCACAGGCCGAGCAAAGCAUGACGUGCCGAUGGCUUGUGGCCACGCUGCUAGCGCGUCUAGGCUCCGUGUGGCAGGUACCGUCGCUCGUGGAGUACGCUCACGCCACUCUCUUGCCGACGUUGGAAGGCAUUCGGCCUGCAACGCCUGCUUUGCCGGAGCGCUAUGAACCUAUCCAGGAGCUGCCUGUCUUCUCGCCCGGCGCUCGGGCCACCACGUUGCCACCGCCUAGGGACGCAUCGUGGGUCGCAGAGCAGCUCUCUGCUACGCCCACCGUGCAGUCCGCUUCGCAUGUCGAUCACGCGACUUUGUGCACGUGGCUCUUGCGUCCUUGGAGUGUCGCCAGUGCGCUGCAAGAUGCUCGCACUGCGGCGCGACCUACCGCGACACGGCUGUCGAAUAUGCAAGGCACGCCGGCUGUUCGUACCACGUCCCAUCUACUGCGUGGCAACUCGAUGAGCGUAAGUCAGCUUCGUCAGGUUCUUGCGUCACAGACGCAAGGUCAUUCAUCGAUUCCCAUGUCGAUGGCGUCUGGUCGCGCGUCGAACAUGUCGUCGUCGUCACGCCGACGUGCGCGCAGCAUUACAUCGUCUGAUAGUCACGAUGUUGGCGACGUCCUUGAUCGUUUCAGCGUGAGUCCCAGCCGGACAGGACACGCACGCCAUGCAUCAGGCCAAGCAGCGUUGAUGGCCACGCCCUCAGCACCCUCUCCGGUUCUGGCUACCCCGACGCCGCUCUCCCCAGUUACCCUCUCUUCGCCUCCUCGCAUGGUGUCUGUGUCGGCACCAGAUACACCUCAGGUGAUUGAGGUGGCACCGCCACGUUCGACGCCUAUUAUGACAUCGUAG